UGCAACAUGCAACUUCCCCACUAGAUGUCACUAUAUUCUACACACUGGGCCUUUAAAUGACCUCAUCAGACACAGUUCACUGCUCAAAGCUAAAGUUCAAGAAGAGGGUGGUGUUGGUGCAACAUGUGCGUCCACACGCUAUUUUCUUCUGUCAACACAAAUCUGAUGUCGUCCAUCUUUCUCUGUGGAGUUAUUCUUAUUUUCUCCUCUAAUGCAGCAGCUGGUGAAACAUGCAGGGGGAGCUGUGGACACGUGCAGGACGAGUGCUCCUGUCACCCAACCUGUGUGUCUCUGCUGAGCUGCUGUUCAGACUACAACCAGUCGUGUUUCCAGGUGACGCCUCACUCCAGCUCCAUGCUGGGUGGACGAGCUCUCAGGAUCCUGGGCUUCGUCCUUCCUCCUGGUGGCCGCCUUCUCUGCAGGUUCAAAAAGGAGAUUGUACGAGAAGGGUUUAUUGACGCUGAAGGCCGCGCACACUGUAUCUCUCCUUUACUGUAUGAGACAGGUUGGAUUCCAUUCGAUGUCUCAGAAGAUGGAAUCAGCUUUGACAGAUCUGGAGAGUACCUGUCAGUCCACCCGAGUAAAGCAGACCCUGCUUCUGAAGUCACCCUGGUGAAUGCAACCCAGUGGCAGAACUACGGCACACCAGACGUGGCAGGGAGGCUAAACCUGACGUGGAACAGCUCUUUGAUUGGAGCAGAUAAGGUCGACAUAGAGUUGUGGGGCUACAGAGAGUUCAACCGCAGCACAGAGGCAGCGAUGAAUGGAUCGUCUCCUCUCCAGGCCGAGCUCAGCUACCUGUUCUCCCUCGGCAGGAAUCUGGUCAACAGUGGGACCUUCAGCUUCAUCCCUGAGGCCUUGAAGGACCAAUCGGACUGCCAGCUCGGAAAUAUCCGCAUAACUGCUAGUUCUAAGUCAGAUGGAGCAAGGGACGAACCAGGACUCUGGAGCAGAGCUCACGUCUUGGCCUGGAACUUCGAGCAAACUUUCAGAGACGACUCUGCUGCCUGGGCCGAGAACAAGUGUCUGCAAUGGGACGUCGUGGAAAAGGAACAGCCCGGCUUCCUCAGAGAGCUCAUUGACUGUCCGUGCACUCUGGCCCAGGCCCGAGCGGACGCAGGCAGGUUUCAUACUGACUACAGCUGUGACAUUGAGAGGGGCAGUGUGUGCACGUAUCACCCGGGUAGUGUCCACUGCGUCAGAGCUAUUCAGGCCAGUCCCACUCAUGGAUCAGGGCAGCAGUGCUGCUACGACAGCUCCGGAGCUCUGAUGCUGACGGGAGACUCUUUUGGGGGCAGCAGCCCAGACAGGGCCCACGACUGGGGCUCGCCUCCAUACAGGGAACCACCACGGGUGCCGGGUUACUCCCACUGGCUCUAUGAUGUCAUGAGUUUCCAAUACUGCUGCCUUUGGUCCGACCACUGCCAGAUCUACUUCAACCAUCGACCCUCCAGCGGUUGCCGCAGCUACCAACCCCCGAAAGCUGGCUUCGUCUUCGGGGAUCCACAUUUCAUAACGUUUGACGGCCUCAGCUACACUUUCAAUGGUGAAGGAGAGUUCGACCUUGUGUCUUCACCGGAGAGAAAACUGAGCAUUCAGGCCAGAACAGAACGGGUGGAACUACAAAACAGCACCUUGGCCAAAGCCACAUGGCUGUCAGCGGUGGCCAUGAAGGAGAGGAGCUCUGAUGUCAUCGAGGUGCGUCUGGCUGAGCGACGCCUCCAGGUGCUGAGGAACCAGAGGGUUUUACCUUUCACCGAGCAACGAUGGAUGGACCUGCACAGAGUAUUCGUGUCCGUCCCCGGUUCUCACACUGUGACCGUGAUGUUCCUCUCUGGCGUCGGCGUGGAGGUUCGUCUGCACGAGGGAAUCAUGGCAGCGACCGUCCUGCUGCCAUCUGAGUUUACCAACCACACUCGGGGUCUCCUCGGUUUCAUGAACUCUGACCCGUCGGGUGACCUGUUGACCCGACAAGGAGAGGUCCUCCCCUCGCACGGCGCCACGCUGGAGGAAAUCUUCACCUUUGGAACUGGAUGGAAAGUUCCAAAGAUGUCGUCCCUUUUCACACACGACUCAAAGCGCCUCUUGGAGGCCCACAGCUUCACACCAUCCCCUGACCCGGCGUUUGUUCCAGCCUUUUCUCUACCUGAGACCCCCGACGACCCCCUGGUGGCAGGCAUGUUGACAACGUGCGUUGGAGAAGGGGCUCGGUUCUGUAAAUACGACACGUUGACCACUCGGAGCCUCGCAGUGGGAAACUCCACACUCUGGGCCCAUCGAAACUUUCAGGCCUUAAUGGACGCCCUGCAGCCAGUGGUGUCCUGUGGCUGGCUCCCCCCACCCAGGUAUGGAAAGAAGAACGGGACACGUUACCUGGAGGGGAACACGCUGAGCUUCUCCUGCAAUGAAGGGUUCAUUCUGUUCAGAUCCACACAACGCACUUGUCUGGAUGAUGGGACCUGGAGCGGAGAGCAGCCCUUCUGUGUGAAAGACGAUAAAGUGCGGUUUAUCCUCGGCGCUGUGGGCUCCAUCUCAGCAGUGGUCGUGAUGGGAGUAAUGAUCCAACUGCACAAAAGGAAGCAAGACAGGUCCAAUCCACUCACACCUAUCCUGCAGCCAGCCACCAGGGGGCAAUCAAGACAUUUUGGCUUCACUGUUUGAGAGCUGUCAUGUCCACGUGAUAGAAUCGCAUCAGACUGAAAAAGCUGGGAACCAGUGAUAGACAUGAACUGACGUCUGCACGAAAGCACCUUGAAUCGACCAGACUCAUGUUUAUGAAGGAGGAGUCUGGACAUUUAAAUAACUCGAAGUGUGAAAGUUAAAGUUAACUUUUUGACUUGUUUGACGAAGACAUGCAUGAAUAGAUUGGAAGACUCCUUAAGCAACGUCUUUGUCAGAAAUGCAACAAAUGAGCAACUGAGCACCUACAAGCUAACGCUGCAGACUUCAGUCAGGAAAAAGUUCACAGCCUCGAUCUCGAUCCUUCACUUCACCAAAGCAGUUUUCCUCAGUAGAAGCCGUUGGUCAUGUGACAGAGAAGCUGAGCUGCCUGUUGCCUGCAGCUUCUUUCAAAAUGAGCCUCGUCUCGUUAUGAAAACACAUCUUUGACAAAUGAAUGCGGUUCGCACAUUUAUACAAUACACUGGGAUUCCAAGUGACGGCUUCAAAAUAAAACCCCCCUCAUGUUUCAGACUUCAUGUGAAUCGACGGCAGGAGCAAGUGUCAUUGAAUAAGUUUGAUAUUAUCUACAGUAAAAAGUGAGAUAAAAUAUUCAUAUAUGUCUGUGUCUGUGUGAAAUGAAUACUGCAUGGGAAUGGAGUCCAUCACCAACAAGUCAAACUAUGCUACAGACAAGUAAUAUGCAAUAUAGCCAUAUACUGUAGUUUAUACAUCAAAAGACAGUGUUUGAUUGUACAAAAGUCUUGGAUUGUAACUUUAAGGUCAGAAUAAAAUUGGGAACUAUCUUCUCUCUGUCCCACCAAAGGUCUCCACAGGUCAGACGUACUCUGAUUUAUGACA